AUGUCCGGUUCAGGACAAAUCCCAAUCUGCAAUCUGGAGCUCAUUCCUAUACCGCCCACGUACAUUUCGGAGUCUUCUUCUUCUUCAUCUUCAUCCACCACUUUGUCGUCUUCAUCAUCCUCCCUUACCACCACUUCUUUCUCACUGUUUUCCUCCUCCACACCACGUAACUUGCUUCCCUUUUCUGAGACCUCAUCAGAUCACAAACUAACUUUGAGCGUUUCUGACUCUCUAAUGGUUGGCGAACUGCUUGAAUCUGGCGAGAAACAAGGCAAAGAAGUAGGACUGGGCAUCGGAUACAGGGAAGAGAACAGAACUAAGAAGGAUGCUAUCAUCCACAUAGGCCAAUGCGAAUGUGUUGAUAACAGUAGCAGCAUCGAAGUGUGCAGUACAGCCAAGAGGAGCGAUAAAGUGAACCUGUCGUCAAGCCAAGAUUCAAAUGUGUCAAGCAUUCAUUGUCUAACCUCCCCGAUUCCCCAUAAAAGUGGGCUGAUUUUAAGAGAUGACGAUGAAGAAGACGAGGAGGAGGUGAACGAAGAAAAUGGAAGGAAUAUGGGAAGAGAAGGAAUUAACAGCCAAGGAAGCCGAAUAAAAGGAAGGAAAGGAGGAGCGGAAGGUGGAAGAGAUAAACGGGGGAAAAAGGCAGGUGGAGGAAGAAGCGGAAAGGAGGGGAGAAGGGUAGCAGGGGACGGAGAGGGAGAAGGCGAAGUGGACGGAGUGGGAGGAGACAGCGAAGGUGGAACGGGAGCAAGAGGAGGGAGAAGAGGGGAAGGAAGAGAUGAAUGUGGAGGUAGACAAGAAGGAGGAGGAGAAGGAAGCGAAAGGGCCGUAAUCCUUCAUUCUCCAUUUUCCGGUAAGCAAAAUGUUAUCACCAGCCCCUCGGAGGGCCAACUUCACUGGCCUCUUAUGCUACCGAGGAGGACGACACCCGGACAAGUUGCUUCCACCUCAUUUGCUGUCAACAGCGCUCUAGUCUCCUCCUCGCCAUCUCGAUCAUCCGCAGUUCUGACGUCGCUCUCGGUUCAACCUUCACUUUCUCCUCCGCCAGCCUCUGCCACUCCGUCAAGCCUGGCUUACUCAGCCCAUUUCCUGCCGACGCAAAUACAGCUCGCCACCUCAACGCAGGGCUACACCAGCUCCGCGGUUCGCGGUGUUUCCGGCUGCUUCUACAAGAGUCCACAGUCCCCCUCCGUCAGACUGCUCCGACAGUCAGGCUCAGACCUGUCUGCCACGACUGGCAACUUGGAUACCGUCUCGGAGAAGGCCGCGGCAGCCUGCCCAACGGGCGGUUGCGGCGAGAUUGGUUUCGGAGGCCUGGUCCCCAACGUCGCUGAGCACGAGUCCCUGCCGACCGCCUACAGCCUGACUCGUGGUGGGACGGACACAGACGCUCACAGCCUCCAGCGGCUGUCUCGGCCGGCCUCGCCCGGCCCCGCUUGCCUCUCCGUCUCGGCAGUGGCCGCGCUGGUGGACAGACCGACGCCAGCUCGUCAAGCCCAGCUUCUGACGGCCUCAUCCUUGCCUGCCGUCGCUCUCCCGUCUCCAGGCCGAGUGUCGGCAGAAUCUCUCUCAUCGGGUCCAACUUCUGCUGCCUCCGCCCUCUUCGCCCCGACCUACCGGUCUCCAUCGGGUCGGUCAGCCUCGUCAGGUUUCUGCCUGCCGACCCACACACUGCCUGGAGACCCUCUGGGCCAGUUUCGUCUGCCUUGCCCCGGCCGGGACGAGGGUGGCGCGGUUGCUGGCAGCGGAGAUGCCGGAGCGGCUGGACGAGGCAAGGCGGAACGAGGAAGAGUCGGCGAAAGAAGUGCAGAAAUGGAAGGAGGGGUGGGCUGCGAAGGGGGGACAGAAGGAGAUGGGGGCGAUGACAGCAUAGAGGACAACAGUUGUGCAGACAGUCCUGGAGGUAUGAUGGACUGCUACAGUCUGCCGGUGGGUCUGCAUCAGGAGAAAAGAAAACAGAGACGUAUUCGUACCACCUUCACAAGCGAUCAGCUGAAGGAAUUGGAGCAGGCCUUCCAAGAGACCCACUAUCCGGACAUCUACACGCGGGAAGAGAUUGCCCUGAAGAUAGAUUUGACAGAGGCCAGGGUACAGGUGAGCCGGCAUCUUGAAAGGCUUGGAUAG